GAAUGGAUGAGAUCCCAAAGCCAAGGGCGAGCGGUUUUUCAAAUUAGUGACAUUCUGUGUUGUGUGUGACUGUCAUGUACCGUAUUGGUCGAGGUAAUAGAAUGCUGACCCUGAUUUAAGUAUGGAGAUACGGUUUCAAACCUGUUGUACUUAACAUUCUUCACUGUAAAACUCAACGCCUGUCAAACGAAGUUUUGUCAACGCCUGAAGUUUAUACUCGUUAGGGGUUGAUGUUGAUGAGUGAUUCUAAUCUGUCACCAAAAUCCUCUGCUGUUUUGCCCAUCAAGGGUUAUAUUUCUACUGUUGGAGGAUGUCUAGGUUCCCCGGAGGAUAGGAUUGCAGUUCCUACAUCUGAAGAAUUGUAUAUUUUGAAUCUCACACUUUCCUUGGACGAAAAUCGUUCUAAGAAGAUAGCUAUUUCUCAAGAAGUUAACUUUACGUACCGCGGUUGUGUAAACAUUGAACUGGAACCUAAAUAUGUUUCAAAAGGAUCUCAGGUCGAUGAUGAAAUUAAAAUUGCUCUGAGAGAAAACGUAAACAGAUCUGUACUAUUCCCAAAUGAACAAACGACUCGUGAUGUUUUAAAGGCUAGGAAUGGAGUUCGAUUAGUUUCCUGGAGUCCUCGAGGGGUCGACAAAUAUGAAAGGUGUAUCAUGAGCCUAACGACUUUGGAGAAUCGGUCAGUUUUGUGCACUCUUAAAGGAACUGAAUCGUGGGAAGAGUCAGUUGAUAUAUCGUUAAUUUGGCAGCAAUAUUACAUUAAACAUGGUAGAAUUGCACAAGGUCGGAAAUUACCUGUUGACAGUCAACCACAGUUCAUAUUUCAACCCUCUGAAUGCGCCAGUAUCCCAUCGCUAAUAUGUGAAAAUGUGACAGAUUAUUUUGAUGCAGUUGAAGAUGUAAUGAUAAUUUAUACCAGUUGGUGUCACAUAAUCCGACGGCCUGAAAUAAAAUCUACGAAUUCGGCGAAUUUUUUCGCUGAGACAACUGUGAAGGAUGAUAAAUCCUACUACACGAUACCAGUUGAUCCAGAACAACUUGUAACUACAUCAUUUUCAAUGUGUUCAGUGACAUUUUUGGCAGUUUUAAAGAAGUCUGGUACUUUCUCUAUUUGGAUGGUCGCAAUACCAUUUCUAGGCAUGUCUUCAGUGUCUUUGUUAUGGGUCGACUAUACGUACACUGUGGUACGCAGUGAUGUCAUGGAUAAACGACCAAAUUAUAUCAAACUUUAUGACUUGGACAAUGUAAAUCUUCUUCUUAUUUUAGGUUUCACAGAUGGCUCAGUUAAAGGUUUAGUUUUCCCAAUCGACUAUUCUCCAACUGGUAUUCUUGUGUUGACUACCCCCUAUUUAUUCAAUCUGUGGACAACUCCUUUGCAUCAUGUUAGCAUUUUGUCAUCAGCUUGGUCAAUGCACCGUGGUUUAUUGUGCAUUGGUUAUGGUCGUCAUUUAUUGUUAUUUCAUAUAGAUAAAGAAACUUCAGAUUCUGAUACUCAAGAAAAACAACAGAACAGUCUUUCUGUACAACUUUGUGGACGUGCUCCAUUAUAUUUAGUCAAGUAUCAGUUUGUCAGUCAACCAAAUCCCAUUUUGGGUCAGAUUACUGGUAUUUAUUUAGACGAUGAACGGUUAUUACUUACAAGUAUGGAUGGUUAUUUAAUGCAUGCCAGUGUUGAUUCAAUCUCUAACUGUGAGCUGAAUUGGCGAGUUGUUUGGUGCAGUUCUACAUACGAGAAAUCAGAUGUAAUUCAUUGGGAAUUUCAUGGAUUAUUUGUUUCGAUGAAUGGAGUUUACAUCUGCUUCCUUGAAAAACCGUGCAACUAUUUAGAUAACAGUCGUUCACGACGUGGAGCUCUGCUUUCAUCUCGGGUUCGCUUUUUAUCUUUUUGGUCGAAUGAUGACUUACAAAAACUUGCGUUUAAUCCUGAGCCACCUCUAAAUCGUAAAGUGGAUUGCUUACAAGAAUUACUACAAAGAUGGUAUGUUACAGAAGACAAAGAUGAUGGUAUGAUUGACAAUACAGAUCUACGACAGUUAUGUCUACAGAAAAUUGAUUUUCCCCAAGCUUGUAUAACGGGCUCAUCACUUCCCCAUACUUGGUUAGAAAAACCACUCACAACACUACAACUGUACAGGUUGAUUCUGUGCAUGCUUGUCAAGGACACUGACGAUUCAAUUAAAUCGUGUGCACAACUUUGGCUAGUUAAUGUGGAUCAGCUUAUUCAACAGCGUCAUUUAGAACGCUGUUUUCGUUUGUUUCUUCAGUCCUCCGUACAAAGACAAGCACGUGAUUGUUUGUUGGUAUCGCAUAUGGCUACUUUAACUUCGAAUGUUUUCAAGCCUAAAUCGUCAGUACAACUUACUACUCCUGCUAAUAUAGAGAAUCCUUCAUCUUCUGUGAAUGGUGAUGUUAACAAGUCAACAGAUCGUAAGCAAAUAUGCUUUGUGGAGGAUUUACCUGAACUAGCUGAGAAAGUUCGUCAAUUGGCUGUACAACUCUAUGUGCAUCGAUUUAAAUUACCAGCUGAAAAUAUUGUCAACCAAGCACAAACCUGUCCAAUAUGUAAAGAAAAUGUCAUUCCAGAUCUAGUUUGUUCUAAUUGUCCUCAAAAUCAUCCUCUAGAACGCUGUAUGCAGACUCUGGAAACGUGUACCGAUCCUAUAUUUCGGCAUUGUAGUCAAUGUAAUCACGUAGCACUAGGUAUAUCUCCCCAUGGUGAGUUACAUUGUUGUGUUACUUCUGAAUUAUCUUCUCUUGUUCCUUUUUUCAUUUUAACUCCAGCAAUUUAGUGGAACUUUACAUGCAACCAGCAAGCCUAUAGUUUCCCAUAUGACGCAGAUUAACAACUAGCAACCUCGUAUGCAUCAUUGAAGAUGAGGUCAAGUGAUAUCUCAUAAGAAUCUUGCUUAGUAUUUUUGUGUGGCUUAUUCGUGCUCGGAAUCAGUGGUUGAAUGCUUUCGGUAAGGUGUCUGGAAAUCAACCACAGUGUCAUACAUGGGAUUCACUCUGUAUUGUUUGCAGAUUGCUGAAUAUCUCAUUAAUCUUCACUUAUUUGUUUUGUCUCGUCUCAUGUGCUUCCUGUUUAAACUGCAAGACAUUAAUGCGCUACUUAGUUAUUGUUGUUGUUGUCGCUUCAUCUUUCUGUCGUUCUCUGUGCGGUUUACGAUUAUAUUACACACUUUUUUAUUACUCA